AUGUCGCCUGUAGCGACGCCAGCCGUUGCUCGAACAACUUCGGACGUUCCUCCCGCGGUAACCGAGCUCAAGCUCAUGUUCCCGGAUUUGGACAACGAGACGAUCGCUGCUGUCCUGUCGUCGCGAGGCGGGAAUCAAGACGCAGCUGUCAACGCACUUUUGCAGAUGUCGGAUCCAAACUUUAAGCCUUCGGUCACGGACUCAAGAACGGAAUCGGAUGCUCUUUUGGCGCAGACGAUUGCAAUGGAGGAAGAGCAAAGGCAGCACGAACACUGGGCUCGGCGUCAACAGCAACAGGCGCAACAACAGCAGCAGUACAGUACGGGUCGAGGUGGGGGUGGAGCAGGAACCUUCUUCAGCGGUCUGCUCAGUUCUGAUGCACGGGACCCGCCGUCCGCUCCGUCUGGGCCCUCUUACGACCCGAACGCUCUCACGUAUCAGCCAAGAGUCAGGCGGGGUGGGCCCGCGACUUCCGGAACACCCGCUUCUGGAGCUAGGUCAUCCUACGCUCCGCCGAAUCAUCCGCCGCCGGGCGUGUCGCCGACGUACGAGCACGGUGACAGCGUCUUUCCGGGUAUGCCUGGAGCCAAGGAAGCCAAGCAGUGGCAGGAAGAGAUCAACCGCAUGGCAGAGACUGGACUGGCGAGAGCGGCGUCGACCUUUUCAACAUUCCGACAGAAAGCAAGCGCCGCCUUCAACAACCCUCAGGACGGCGCAGGUCAGCCUGGUACCGCGAGUUCCGGGCCUGGCGCUGGCGCUGGUUUCAGCCAAGCUUUCAACAACUUCAGGAACAACACCGGCAGAGGCUCCGCAGCAUCUGAGCAGACACAGCAGGCCACGGCUUCCACCACGUCGCCGCGACAGUUCGCCUCACCACGCUCACCGCACGCGAGCGAGUACGACCAGGAUCCUUCGCCCGUGUCGGAGAAUGAGCUGGCCAAGAUCAUUUCUCGCGGCGGAGGUGCAGGCGGCGGUUCUUCGAAUCCGUUAGCAGCUGGCAAGGCACGUGCUUUGGCAGACCGCUACGGGCUGGGUAUCAAGAACUCGGGCCGAAGCGGCGCGGGAGCAUCUCCGAGCAGAGGAGGUUCGACGGAUGCAUCCGAGUUCGCAGGAUGGGAUCAAGCUGGCCGGACCCCAAUCUCGAUCACCGACAACACGGGCGGCAGCAAGGUAGGCGGAGCGGAUAAACAGAAAGACUCGAUCGCGCUCAUGGACUCUGCCAGCGGUCGAGGUAUCACGAGCCCGCGUCUGGACCGCAGCCCGACGAAGGAGACUCCUCCCACCGGCGCUGCGAGCAAGACCCUUGCUGCUGGUGUUGCAGGUGGCGCAGCUGUGGGUGCGGGCACGGCAGCGAUCGCGUUGGGCUCGCACGACGCCAAUGAUCCAAAUGACGAUUCGGAUGACCUGGAAUACGUCAGCAAUCCGUUCGAAGAUGAAGACUAG